GCUCGACAUACAAUCGUCUACCUACGCAGACACGGGAAAUACCAUGGCAUCGUCUGCGGAUCAUCUUUCGGCCCAGGAGCUGGAGACUCUCUCUACUAAAGCCAUUGCUGCCAAGGAGGUUGCAUACUGCCCUUAUUCAAAAUUUCGUGUUGGAGCCUGUGUCCUCACGCAAACAGGCGAGUACUUCCAUGGUGCCAACGUAGAAAACGCAGCCUAUCCUGUUGGGACCUGCGCAGAACGGGUUGCAUUGGGAACUGCUGUUGUUGCUGGUCAUCGAGACUUCAAAGCUAUUGCUGUCGCAACGGAUAUUGAGCCAGCAGCAUCACCCUGCGGCAUGUGCAGGCAGUUCAUACGUGAAUUUAGCACCUCAUCAUUUCCCAUCUUUAUGUAUGAUGGGCAAGGUAACUUUACCUUGAAGACUAUUGGAGAGCUUCUGCCAGACUCCUUCGGUCCGGAUGAUCUGCCUGGCGCGAAGGCACAAUCAUAGGCACCUGCGCUCUUUCGUGGUCUUGUCGUAUCUGGGUCAUUCGGGUUAUGAUGGGAUUAUCGCGUCGCCUGUGUAUGGAAACACGCGGUGCUUCUCUCUGAUUCGAUCUUCAUGUUGUCGUAUGGUUGCAGGUGACAGCAGUCCACUCAGUCUAGGACUUUGUAAAACGAGAGCUUUCUCUUUAGUGCUCGUUAGGUUACUUUGUUGGCAAUCAUCAGCCACG